AUGGGUGAGGAAAGUAAGUCUUUUACGGAUGUUGUCUUUGAAACGGAUUUGAACUUUGAUUCUCCAUUUUUAGCGACUGCACUUUGCAAAAUUUGGAUUGGGAGAAUUGCACAGUGCAAAAUCAAAAUCUGAAGUUUGCACGGUGCGAAAUCAAAAUCUGAAAAUUCGCACGGUGCAAAAUUUAGAUUGGUAAAAGUGCACAGUGCAAAGUAAAAUCUGAAAUUCGCACAGUGCAAAAUUUAGAUUGGGAGAAUUGCACAGUGCAAAAAUCAAAAUAUAAAAUUUGCACUGUGCAAAACCAAAAUCUGAAAUUCGCACCGUGCGAAAUUUGGAUUGGAAAAAUUGCACUGUGCAAAAUCAAAGUCUGAAGUUUUCACGGUGCAAAAUUUGGAUUGAAAACGUGCACAGUGCGAAAUUUGGAUUAGAAAUUUCACUGCAAAAAAUCAAAAUCUGAAAAUUCGCACGGUGCAAAAUUUAGAUUGGAAAAAGUGCACAGUCCAAAGUAAAAUCUGAAAUUCGCACAGUGCAAAAUUUAGAAUGGGAGAAUUGCACAGUGCAAAAAUCAAAAUAUAAAAUUUGCACCGUGCAAAAUUUAGAUUGAAAAAUUUGCACAGUGCAAAUACGAGAUCAAAACAAUGCAAACUUAUAAACUAAAAGCUUACAUUGUGCGAUUUUAUCAAAAAAAAUUCAUGAUAAAAAAAAAAUUAAAAAUCAAUUUUCUUUCAUGCGCUCUAUUUUUUCAGUUUUCACCCCUCCACAUGCCGUUGAAUGCCUUGAGGGCAAACUGUUUUUGGAGAGAUUUGUCACCAAUGAACCUGUUCAACAAUCCGAGAAUUUGCAACAAUUAACCCUCAGUGCCUCCAUCCCCAAUGAUUUCCGCGGCCUCACAAUCAAAGGGUACUAUCAGGAAUGUGUGAAGAAUUUAAUUUCGGCCGCUCCCAAUCUCAAGUUGGUCAAAAUUUUGGGUGGAGUGCAAUAUGCGCCAAAAAAUCCGGUGAGUUUUGAUUUUUAUGGCAAAAUUAUCAUCAAUAGAAAAAAAAUCUUUUUUUGAAAAUUUUUUUUUUUGAUUUUGAUGAGAUUUUAAAAAAAUUUUGGAUUUGGGGAGGAUAGGUUACCCCGAGAAUAGGUUACCCACCGGAUAGGUUACCCCAAAAAACACAUAACUCGGAGGAUAGGUUACCUCACCGGAUAGGUUACCCCACCGGAUAGGUUACUCCACGGAUAGGUUACCCCUUACCAAAAAAAGAAAAAAUUUUUUUUUGAAAUGUUUUCGCUUCGGGAGUUUAAAAAGAAGGAUUUUUUGUGAAAAUUGAAAAAAAAUUUUAAAUGUUUUCGCUUCGGGAGUUUAAUAAGAAGGAUUUUUUGUGGAAAUUGAAUAAAAUUUGAAAUGUUUUCGCUUCGGGACUUGGAAAAAAAGGAUUUUUCAUGGAAUUUGGAUAAAAUUUGAAAUGUUUUCGCUUCGGGACUUGGAAAAAAAGGUUUUUUUGUGAAAUUUGAAUAAAAUUUGAAAUUUUUUCGAGCUGACUGAGUAUGAACUGACUGAAUAUGAAAACCGGGUUUCUGUUACUUUACUACCUUUAGGGAUUCUUUUUGAAAUUUGUUCGACUUAUAACACUUUUAGACGUUAAUGGUGUUGUUUUGGUGCCUAGUACUGCUUAAAAAACACAUUUUUAACACUUGGUACUAAAUAGUACUACCUGGUACUAUUUAGUACGAGGUGCAAAUUUGGCCGUAAGGCGGUAAUGGCGUUGGUUUGGUGCUUAGCAGAACCCAAAAACACGUUUUCACACUUGGUACUAUAUAGUACCAACUGGUACUGUUUUGUGAGAAGUGAAAAUUUGGCCGUAAUGGUGAUGGUUUGGUGCUUAGUAGAGCCUAAAAACACGUGGUACUAUAUAGUACCAGGUGGUACCAUUGGUUUUAGACAAAAUUUUAGUGCUGGCGGCACCACAGUUAAUAUUCAGUCAGACACCCUUUUUCUACUCCCGAAGCGAAAACAUUUCAAAAUUUUUUCAAAUUUCACAAAAAACCCUUUUUUUCCAACUCCCGAAGCGAAAACAUUUCAAAAUUUUUUCAAAUUUCACAAAAAAUCCUUUUUUCCAAGUCCCGAAGCGAAAACAUUUCAAAAAAAAAUUUUUUUUUCAGGUAACCUAUCCUCGGGGUAACCUAUCCUCCGAGGUAACCUAUCCGUGGGGUAACCUAUCCUCCGAGGUUACCUAUCCGAAAGUUGGGGUAACCUAUCCGGUGGGGUAACCUAUCCGCUGGGGUAACCUAUUUGUUAGGGGUAACCUAUCCUCCGAGAACGAAAAUUUUGGAUUUGGGGAGGAUAGGUUACCCCGAGAAUAGGUUACCCACCGGAUAGGUUACCCCAAAAAACACAUAACUCGGAGGAUAGGUUACCCCACCGGAUAGGUUACCCCACGGAUAGGUUACCCCACCGGAUAGGUUACUCCACGGAUAGGCUACCCCUUACCAAAAAAAGAAAAAUUUUUUUUUUGAAAUGUUUUCGCUUCGGGAGUUGAAAAAAAGGAUUUUUUGUGAAAAUUGAAUAAAAUUUGAAUUGUCUUCGCUUCGGGACUUGGAAAAAAAGGAUUUUUUGCGAAAUUUGGAUAAAAUUUGAAAUGUUUUCGCUUCGGGACUUGGAAAAAAAGGAUUUUUUGUGAAAUUUGAAUAAAAUUUGAAAUGUUUUCGCUUCGGGAGUUGAAAAAAAGGAUUCUUUGUGAAAUUUGAAUAAAAUUUGAAAUGUUUUCGCUUCGGGACUUUUAACAAAAGGAUUUUUUGUGAAAAUUGAAAAAAAUUUGAAAGGUUUUCGAGCUGACUGAGUAUGAACUGACUGAAUAUGAAAACUGGGUUUCUGUUACCUUACUUCCUUUAGGGAUUCUUUUUGAAAAUUUUUCGACUUAUAACACUUUUAGACGUUAAUGGUGUUGUUUUGGUGCCUAGUACUGCUUAAAAAACACAUUUAUAACACUUGGUACCAAAUAGUACUACCUGGUACUAUUUAGUACGAGGUGCAAAUUUGGCCGUAAGGCGGUAAUGGCGUUGGUUUGGUGCUUAGUAGAACCCAAAAACACGUUUUAACACUUGGUACUAUAUAGUACCAACUGGUACUGUUUUGUGAGAAGUGAAAAUUUGGCCGUAAUGGUGAUGGUUUGGUGCUUAGUAGAGCCCAAAAACACGUGGUACUAUAUAGUACCAGGUGGUACCAUUGGUUUUAGACAAAAUUUUAGUGCUGCCGGCACCACAGUUAAUAUUCAGUCAGACACCCUUUUUUCUACUUCCGAUGCGAAAACAUUUCAAAAUUUUGUUGAAUUUUCCAAAAAAUCUUUUUUUCCCAGUCCCGAAGCGAAAACACUUCAAAUUUUUUUCAAAUUUCACAAAAAAUCCUUUUUUUUCCAACUCCCGAAGCGAAAACAUUUGAAAAUUUUUUCAAAUUUCACAAAAAGUCCUUUUUUCCAAGUCCCGAAGCGAAAACAUUUCAAAAAAAAAUUUUUUUUCAGGUAACCUAUCCUCGGUGUAACCUAUCCUCCGAGGUAACCUAUCCGUGGGGUAACCUAUCCUCCGAGGUUACUUAUCCGAAACUUGGGGUAACCUAUCCGGUGGGGUAACCUAUCCGCUGGGGUAACCUAUUUGUUAGGGGUAACCUAUCCUCCGAGAACGAAAAUUUUGUACCAACAAUUUUCAAAAUUUCGUUUUUUUUUUUUUUUUUUUUUUUUUUUUUCAUUUGAGUGAUGAAAAAUAGGCAAACUUUUUCCUUAUGGAAUGCGAUAUUUCUACAAAAAAUCAAUUUUUACCCUAAACAUUCGAGGAGAUAUACCCAAAAAAACAAUUUUUUCUCUAGCCGUCUCUCCUCAUUUUGCAUUGUCUCUCACAGAAAUUUGCUUUGAUUUUUGACAAAUGCCUCUAAUUUCAGUCCACAUCCGACCUAAAAAAUGAGUUCAUAUUUGUCAAGGAGACGAUUCAAGGUGUCAUUUCGGCCUUCAACGAGCACAAGAUUACUUUGUUUGGCAGCUCCGUACUUGAUGUCCAUUUGUUGGUGUCCAAGGAGGUGAGAAAAAAAAUUUUAUUUGUUUUUUUACAAUUUCAAGCGGUCAGUUUGCUUAAAAUUUUAAAAAAACACAAAAUAUAAAUUUUGAAAUCGAUUUUAUAAUUUUCAAAUUAUCGUGGCGGGACCUAAAAUUGAAAUUUUGGUUUUCGUAAAAUCCCCUUUUUAUGACUCUGAAAUGAAGUCUCAUGGAAGAUAACAACACCUUACAACUUUUUUUUAUUUCAGCUAGCCAAAGAAGCCAGCUUUCCGGAUUCGGCCGAAGCCUUAUUUUCGGCCGAAAACACAAAAGAGAAAUCGGAAGAGAGCCUCAUAUCUACGAUCGAUCUGCAAGACGGAGCCAGUUUCACCGUCGAAUUGACCAUCGUCGACGUGGCGUUCUUCCCCACCGAGAAUCUGCGCACUCCAUUUUAUAUUCCAGAGGAUUAUUGA